AUGGAGGUGUCGCCUGAUAAGGAGGUGAUCCUCAAAAGCGGCCGGUCUGAGGAGGAAGAAGAGGAACUGCAGCGUUUUGCCCGAGAAUGGCUGGAAGAGCAAGGCGAAGACUAUGAUCCAUCGACUUUGAAGGUGAUCGAAGUCAAAGAGCGGACCAUGAAGGAUGAUCCUGAGAAGAAAUACCGUGCAGAUAAGACACUCAUGAUGGAGACCUACGACCGCGGGGAGAUUCAGUUGAUAGAAAAAUCAUGUACGGAUUUGCUGGCUGUCAAGCCACAUGACGCGGAAGUUUGGAGAAUACGAACGUUGGGACGUUUGAGGCUCAAGUUGUGGGAUUCUGCCCUGGAAGCUGCCCGGCGUUGGAUUGCCUUUGAGCCUCAGUCCUUGAACCCGCGCUGCGCAGAAGCCUUUGCGCAAGCGGGCAGCCAGGAAGCAACGCAAGUCAAAGAAGCUCGCGUUCGCUUUGCCCAGCUCUACAAAGAGGUCAACAAAAUGGAAGGAGAAGGGAUCCGAGAUGUAUCUGUUGAGUUGCAAGAAUGUGUGUGGCGAUGCGAUGAGUUGCUGGAGCAUCGCAAAGCGGAAGAUGCUAUGGCAGAGGCUCACGAGCCCUGCAACCUUAGCGCUCGGCCUGCAACGGUCCUCACAGGAGCUAGGCCGCCACAUUUCUUCCUCCCAAACUUUGCAGACUCCAUUGGCCCUGUUCGUGUGGCGAAUGCGGAGCCAGAAGAGCUUGGAGGAGGCUCCUCUCAUCCCAGAAAACUGCUCGCAACCAGAGACGUUGAGGCUGGGGGCCCCUUAUUUGUCCAGAAUGCCUUGGCCUUCGCCACCUUGGACCGGGCCGAGGACAUUGCGCGCCUAAAGUUCUCUUUGGUGACAGCAGCAACAUUGUCGCCAAGACAAGCAAAAUUACUGGACAUCUUGCUCGACGAGAGUGACAUGGAUGACUCAGACAGUGAAGAGGUGAUGGAAGCUCUUCGAGACCCUAAGGUCGUGCGAGAAUCACCCUGGAGCACAGACAAUGAUGAUAUGGCACGGCAAUUCAAGGACUGUGAGAAGCUUGUCUUGCGCUCCCAGAUCCGCACUGGUAAGAAGUUCAGUGGAAUUUGGACGCUACCUGCCUUGGCAAGGCAUAGUUGCACACCCUCAGCUACCUACACGAUCUGGGGUGACGUCCUGAUGGCCCGAGCAGCUAGGCCUCUCAAAGCAGGCGACGAGGUGACGUUUGCAUUUCACGAGAUUUGGUUCCCCUUGGAGAUGCGGCAGGAGAAAUUUACCACUGCUGGGUUUUGGUGCAGGUGCUCGCCAAAUUCCUUUUCGGAGUUAUGGUUAUUCGGAGUGGAGCUUCUGUGA